GAAGAGAAACAGUAAAGGUUGAAAUUUGGGUAGCAUUUCGCCAUUUCAGACUUUUUGGAUAGGGUUCGCUUACGCUAUGUUUUCAACGACCAAUAUGCUAUUGCUCUGAUCUAUUGGUAGGCCAUCUAACCACGGAUGCUUCUACAAAACUGCGAAAAUCAAGAACAUCUGGGAGCCAUGGCCCACUCGGACUCCAAGUCUUGAGGUAUAAAGCCCAUCAUAGUUCAUUCCAAAUACACCACAUCUACAUCACCCUCCACAAAAAUACUACAUCUGCACUCUCCUUUACGGCAUAUCAACAUAUCACCACCAUGCAGAAAUCCACACCUCUCGAGUGGCCUACAACCACAAUUCACUGUCUCAACAAAGCCUUCUUGGACUAUUCCAAUGAGGAUCUUAUUUCCGGAACCCGGAAACUCAAACAGAUUCAAGACAUCAUCAACCUCUUCGUGGAGUUUGUUUUCGCAGUAGCCAAAAACGGACGUACCCAAACCCGCUCUGUAGCGAGGGUUAAAGCUAAAGAGUUUUGGCAAGGGUUAUGCUACACUCUGCUUAAACUCAAGUUCAGCAAAAGAAGCAAGCUCAAGAACACGGACCUGAAACGGCUGAUGAAGAUCGAAGUUGACGGCUUGUGGAUUCUUGUGAUGCGGAACAUGGUGUUCUUCGGGAUCCCUAGGGUGGACACAUUCUGUAAGACGAUACGAAAAUGGCUCAUGAGGUGUGCGCGCGAAAGCUCAGUCGAUGACACGGGCAACACGAUUCGAGAGACUAUCGAUAGGCUCCAAGGUCCCCUUCCAGUAUUUCUCGACCCGCCCAGCAAUUACGAAGACUUUACCAGAGAUGGAGAUCAUUCGUUUCCAGAGUUGACCUACACUCUUCAGAAACUCAAUACUAAUGGAGUGCAAUUCGACGACUGUGUUCAGGGCAUCUUUCGCUUCUUUGUGGAAAUAGGAUUUGCAGCGUUGGACAUAUACACCUUUUUUCGCCCCCGUCUGGACGAUCUCGAGCCUUGCGAGUGCAAGCUAGCUUACGGUAUGGAUAGAUAUAUUAAGAGGCUUGCGUUCUAUCUAGACGAUAUGCUUUUAUUCCCAACACAUGUAUCCUGGACUGUUUCGAACAUCAACUUGAGGGGUAUAUUCGAUUACUAUUUCAAGUUGGUCUUGCCAUCCCUUUACGACGAGCGCUUGGCGCUUGAAUCCCUGCUAGGAAUCAGACUUUACGAGUGGCUUAUAGACGCCGCAACGCACUUGAAGGUCGAUGCUACUGAUCGCAUCGGUAUUGUUAUUCGCCGUUCGCAUCGCCUACCUGAGGCCACUUCGACAAAGAGAUACGGAUUCAGGCCUUAUGAUGGGUAUGUACCGUUUCCUAUGGCUUACUUCGAACGCAAACGCGCAAUUCAAGCAGCGCACCUUAAUGGCGGCUUCUUUCCGGAUGUACCAGUCAUACCCUGCGGCCCUCACAUCGAUAUUCGACUACAUAGCUCCGCGGUUCCGCCUACGACAACAAAUAACGACUUGGAGCAAAAGUGUACCAUCUGCCAAUAUGCACUAAAAGACGAAGCAUGCGUCAAGCUGGACACUUGCGAGCAUACUUUCCAUAAAGACUGUAUCACAAGGUGGACGAACACGCAGACGAGAAUGGUCACAUGUCCAAUGUGCAGGGCCAAUAUCUGUGAAGCAAGAACCACAAGAAUGGGCUGCAUGUAUUGCGAGUAGGUUGUGUUAGUUCCCUCAUCGGUCAGGUGCGCGGUGGUGAAUAUACAUUAAGCUAUCGUAAGGUCGGGCGCUUAGCUCAAUAAAUAAAGAACCUUUCCCUCACCUUCAUGGGCA